GCUUUCUUCUGGGUCUCUCACUGAAGUCCAAUCAGAAACUCUUACAUGCCUUAGUAACACAGACAGGAAGUAGCUCCCAGAGCAGAGAGAAAACAGUUCAGUACAUUAAGAUGAAGAUCAGUGAUGAAGAUCUUCCUACAGAGAAAUCCAUCAAUCUGUUCCACUGUCUGAAUGAACUGGGUGAUAAUUCUCUAGUGGAGGAAAUCCAACACUACCUGAAAUCUGGAAAACAAAGUGAACUCUCUUCUUCACAGUUGUCUGCUCUGGUGUUUGUGUUACUGACAUCAGCACAGGAUCUGGAAGAAUUUGACCUGAAUAAAUAUUUCAGUUCAGAUAAGAUAACAGAAACUGUUCUUCUGAAGCUGAUGCCUGUGAUUGCAGCCUCCAGAAAAGCAAUUAUCAGGUGUGAUUCACUCGGAGUGAGAAGUUGGUCAGCUCUGGUCUCAGCACUCAGCUCAGAAACCUCCAAUCUGAGAGAACUGCAUCUGACUGUGAAAACACUGGAUCUGUAUGGGGAUAAACUAGGAGACUCAGGAGUGAAGAGUCUCUGUGCUGUACUGGAGAAUCCUCACUGUAAAGUGGAGACACUGAGGUUGGAGUGUUGUGGUGUCUCAGAUGAAGGCUGUGCUGCUCUGACUUCAGCUCUGAGAUCAAACCCCUCACACCUGAGACAACUGGAUCUGUCCUUUAAUAAUGUAGGAGACUCAGGAGUGAAGAGUCUCUCUGCUGUACUGGAGAAUCCUCACUGUAAACUGGAGAUACUGAGGUUGUGUGGUUGUGGUGUCUCAGAUGAAGGUUGUGCUGCUCUGACUUCAGCUCUGAGAUCAAACCCCUCAGUCCUGAGAGAACUGAAUCUGUCUGAUAAUAAUGUAGGAGACUCAGGAGUGAAGAGUCUCUCUGCUAUACUGGAGAAUCCUCUCUGUAAACUGGAGACACUGAAUUUGUGUAAGUGUGGUGUCUCAGAUGAAGGCUGUGCUGCUCUGACUUCAGCUCUGAGAUCAAACCCCUCACACCUGAGAGACCUGGAUCUGUCCUGGAAUAAUAAUGUAGGAGACUCAGGAGUGAAGAGUCUCUCUGCUGUACUGGAGAAUCCUCUCUGUAAACUGGAGAUACUGAGGUUGUGUAAGUGUGGUGUCUCAGAUGAAGGCUGUGCUGCUCUGACUUCAGCUCUGAGAUCAAACCCCUCACACCUGAGACAACUGACUCUGUCUGAUAAUAAUGUAGGAGACUCAGGAGUGAAGAGUCUCUCUGCUAUACUGGAGAAUCCUCACUGUAAUCUGCAGAUACUGAGGUUGUAUAAUUGUGGUGUCUCAGAUGAAGGCUGUGCUGCUCUGACUUCAGCUCUGAGAUCAAACCCCUCACACCUGAGACAACUGGAUCUGUCCUUUAAUAAUGUAGGAGACUCAGGAGUGAAGAGUUUCUCUGCUGUACUGGAGAAUCCUCUCUGUAAACUGGAGAAACUGAAGUUGUAUAAUUGUGGUGUCUCAGAUGAAGGCUGUGCUGCUCUGACUUCAGCUCUGAGAUCAAACCCCUCACACCUGAGAGAACUGAAUCUGUCCUCUAAUAAAAUAGGAGACUCAGGAGUGAAGUGUCUCUCUGCUGUACUGGAGAAUCCUCUCUGUAACCUGGAGACACUGAGGUUGAUUGGUUGUGGUGUCUCAGAUGAAGGCUGUGCUGCUCUGACUUCAGCUCUGAGAUCAAACUCCUCACACCUGAGACAACUGGAUCUGUUUGAUAAUUAUGUAGGAGGCUCAGGAGUGAAGCUGCUCUCUGCUCUUAAGGAUGAUAAACAUUACAAACUACAGACACUGAGUGUGUGAUGAACAUCUGUGUGUGAGAUGAAGACUCCGGUGUUCCUGCAUUUCACUGUUGGGGAAUAGAGAACACAUUUAUAAACACAUCACUCAUUUAAUUAUAACACAUUAAACAGACUCAGAGACGUGAGAAGUGUGUGUUCAUCAUGCACAGUGAAUCAGACUGCACACGAUUCUACACUGAUUGUAUAACGACCUCUGACCCCUGGAUAAAAUUCCCCAGAUCUCAUUCUCAUAAAA